CUAUGAUGGAGGAAGCAGGAAGGAGAAAAGUUCUGCUCCACACAAACUGCGUGAAUUUGCCAUGAUGUAGCGAGUAAAAGAAGACCUCUCUAUUACAGUGAUGUGCCAAAAUAUAUAAAGAUGUCGAGGCGAAAACAAUUAAAGCCUCAUCAUUACUUGAAUACUGUGUGUAAAGGUCCAGAGCAGACCACACCAGGGGAUGUUGCAAUAAAGUCUACAACAACAACAACUAGUCAACAACAAAAAUACCAAAAACAACAGCAAACGUAUACAGCCUGCAGUGAUAACCCUGAAGCAAUACAUAAUUCUAAUAAUAACACAAACAACGAAUCUGAAAUUAAUGGUGCCAAAGAAUUAAAUGGAAAAACUGCACGAUAUGACCUGUGUUUGGGUAGCAUCAGUAAUGGCAUAUCUGGCCUAAAAUCAUUGAGCUCUACCCAGUUGAAUCAUACCACCCCUAAAAAACGAGGGCGGAAGGGAGUUAGUGUGUCAAAAAAGACUUGUAGCUAUUGUGGAAAAGUCGCGAAAACUCCAGCAGCCUUACAGCGUCAUUUACGGAAACAUACUGGUGAACGGCCUUUUGUUUGUCAGCGCUGUGUGCCACCCAAGUGUUUCAAAGCCAAAAGAAGUCUACAAUACCAUCAAUUGGGCCAUCACAAGAUAAAACCAAAACCUUCAAAUUAUCGUUUUCGACUAAGAUCUGGUGGUGGUGAAAACUUAAACGAGAAUCUUGAUAAUCUUACUAAAGAAUGCCCAAAUAUGGCUGUGUUACAGCCACCCAGUGAUUUGCGGUGUUUAACUUCAAGAAUGUCAGGAAUUGAUCGAGAGGUCCCCGAUGAUAAACUUAGUAUGCAAAGGUACUAUAGAGAAUCUCUAGGGCUAGAGUUAAUUCAGUCAGUACCCUCUGAUGCUACCUCGGACAAUGGAAAUACCUCUAAACAUGAAGACAAAGAUGAGGAAAUCUCUAGUCAAACCCCUGCCACUACUGAUCAACCCAUGACCUCUAAACCUGAACUUCCUGUCCAUGAAAUACAAAAGGAAGACCCCGUGGAAAAAGCUGAAAGCAUUGAACCAGAGCAGAGAUCUCCAUCCGAAGUGGAUAAUGAGAGCUUAUAUAAAGAUUUAUCCCCCGAUGAACUAAAGAAGGUGGAACUAUCACUAACAUCACGUCAUUGCCAAUUCUGUGGGAAACAUGGUUCAAAACCUAGUGACAUGAAGCGCCAUCUUAUGGUCCAUACAAAUGAAAGACCUUUCAAAUGUCAGGUGUGCAGUAAAGGUUUCAAGGCAAAGGGAAGUUGUAAUUACCAUGAGAAGGUGGCUCAUGGUAUUGAGGUAGAGCUUAGCCAGGGCUUACAGGAGCGCUACCUCAGACUUAGAGCCAAUCAGAAACUUAAGCGAAUCUCACAAGCAUAUGAGAAUAUGGACAUGUCCGAGUUUACUGAGGACAGUGAACUUGAUAAAGUUGAAGUGAAACAGGAAGCAGGUGAUAAAGACAUUGAAUCAAAUGUUACUGCACAGCAAGCAAAAGCUUGUGCUCUUGUUGAUAAGGUACCAGAUGAUAAAGAUCAAACUUCUGAGUCAAUUGCCCCUACAGUAGAAUCUUUUAGUAAACCUAUGAUCUCAUAUUUUGAUAAGCAAGCUGAUGAUACCAAAGAACGAUUCACCAGAGAUGAAGUUAUAAUUAAACCAGAAGAUGGUGACUUCACUGAUACAUAUAGCAUAGACAAUCAAUCUAGUUAUGUAGAGUGUGGUACCCCAUCUGGUCAUUCUAACCCAGACCCAGAGAGUCCAUCACUACAGACUUUAAACAUAGAAAAGGAAGAAGUGGUUGUCAGUAGGAUUACAGGCAUUAGCAAGAAAACUGGCCUUAAAGCUAAAUUCUAUAAGUGUCAUUUAUGUUCGAAACACUACAAUGACUUUGGUAAUCUUCAGAGUCAUUUAGUGAUACAUUGUUUCAAGAAACACACGCAGAUGUACCGGUGUGAGAAGUGCAAUGUUGGCUUCACUAAGCAAGCCCUUCUACUUAGGCACAAAGUGAAACACAAGCUUCAAGAAACAAUAAAAAUUGACAAUCAGUCACAAUUAGCAGAACCAGUCAUUGUAGAAUCUCCGUUACUUAAGCCAGAGGAAGUAAAAGCUCUCACAACUGAUAAAUCAUCUCCUGAAAAGAUCUACGCAUGUCAGUAUUGUAAUAAAUGUUUCGAUCGUCUGUUUUCCCUUCAGAGGCAUGAGCGUGUACACACUGGGGUUAAACCAUGCUUCUGUAAGGCAUGUGGUAAAGGGUUCAGCGAGCCUCGCAAUCUAAGACAACACAUCAUGAGAUUUCAUCGUGAGCAAAGUCACAAGCUGAUCACAUAUAGUAGAAGACGUGUGCGCCCUCUAUCCUCUGAGGAAUCCCACUCAUCACAACAACGGGGCACAAGCAUAGCCUCUGAAGACACUGAAGUCACAAGUCCAAGUAAAUACUCAGAAAGUUUGCGAACCGACAGCGUGGAUUCUGUGUAUGCCAGCAUGUUAGGUGCAGAUGAUGACAUCACAGUAGUAAUUCCAUCUGAUGCUCCCAUGGAAGUUGAACCACAGACUCCUGGUUCAAACAGUUCCGACUCUGUUUGGUCGUCUAAUUCCUCAUUGUGUGAGGUCUCCCCUGGAAAUGAAAUACUUUCUGCUCCUGUAAAAUCAAUGUUAUAUAAGCCUCGAGAAAAAGUGAAACGUAAGAUGCUGAUGCCCACAAAGGCUUAUCGUGAUGAGGAUGAUGAAACUCCAUGUCUGCCAAAACAACGGACUAUGUUUGAAUAUCCUCCACUGGAUAAAGGCGAAGAUGAGGAGAAAGAUAUUCCCAGUGAGAGUCAGGCAAAGGAUACUUAUGAGACAAUAGAAACAAAAAUAGCACACAAACCAUUGGAAGCAAAAAGCCAAGCUGAUCCAGUAAUCAUCAAAACUGAACAUUCAACAGUCACAACUGAGGAAUCUCCUGAUAUCAAGCCUAAUGUAAACCCUCUAGCAUUUGUUCCUAAACCAUUUGGUACGUUUCCUACAGAAAUAUUUUCUCCCUAUAUGUUUCCAAUGGUCCCGAAUAUGCCAAAAGUCAGUCCUAACCUUAUCAGCUUUCCAGAUAUGCUACCAUUCUUUCUUGGAGGGACAAGAACCCCUAACCUUCUCAAUGCAUCAAGGUUUCCACCCCCAACCACCUCACCAUCGUCAACCCCAGCAAUUAAAAUCUCCACCGAAACUAGUGCCACUAGUGCCAAAUCACCCACACUGUCAAGUCCAACCAGAAGAAGUAGUUCCUCCCCACCUAGUGACAAUGAGACUGGAGAGGAUCGCAAGGCAACAUCACUUUCCAGAACUCACUCCCGACUACAAGUAGUUCGUUCACCCAUCAAUCGUGAGAAGGUCUGCAAACCUCAAGCACUUCCGGAUGGUAGAUCAGUUUACCCUUGUGUCUUUUGUGGGAAGGAGUUUAGCACAUUCUCUGAUAUAAAUAGACAUAUGGACUUCCAUGAAGAUAUUCGGCCUUAUAAAUGCCAGUGGUGUGACUAUAAUGCAAGGACAAACAGUCAGCUUAAAGUCCACAUGAUGAGGCAUCAAGGCAUUAGAGAGUUCCACUGCACGCUCUGCAAUUACAAAGGCGUUACCCAAUCAGAUCUGAAUCGUCAUAUGAAGUCACAAAUUCAUGUCAUGAAAUCGCAGAACCAGUGCAUCUUGUGUGGGGAAGGUUUUGUGACACCAGUUAAUCUACGCAAUCACGCUUUGACCUGCUCAGGUCAAAGGUCACAUGAAGAAAGGUCACCAGGGUCAAGGUCAAGUCAUGGAAAAAGCCAUCUAGCUUACCACCCGCCUGAUACCAGUACAUAAUUUUAUUGAAAUAAUAGUUCAUGAAAUAUAUUAGAAACGUAUAUGCUAAAACUAUUCCGUAAACUAUAGGGUGGUCCAGAAGUAAAUCUUUAUUUCUGUGGAACACCCUGUAUAUAAUUAGUCAUUGAAUGAUUCCAAAGAAGUGUUUCAAAUUUUUGAUGAUUUUAAUACACAUUUCUACAAAUUGUAUAAAUUAUAAGUUUGUUUGAAGCUCAUCUUCAAGCAUAAUGAUAUGCAGGAUUAAGGGGUUUAGUAACUAUAGUAACACACUACUUGUUUACACCUCUCAAUUUACAAAGCAAAUGAAAUUUGUGUAUAGAAUGAUUUAUGUCCAUCAUAAAAACUAUUUUAGAGAU